CGGAGACAUAAAUACGUGAGCAUCCAGACGAUGCCUUCACUGUCAGAUCGUCUGCAGGUGGAGAACAGAAGAGGAGGCUGGGAGACGCCAACAUGGUCGCUCUGAGGCUGGUCGCCUUCAGUUUGCUGGCUGCAGUCUUCUAUUUCACUCCAGCUGCUGAGGGCGAGGUCGUCUACGCGUGUCUCAAUGAAACGGUUCACAUGGCCUGUGAUGUCGACCAUAAGAUCACCCUGAAUCACAUCCUGUACAAGGUCGGCAUCGGGACGAGGUGUGGGGAGGGGAAACCUCACCCCGAAGACGGGCCGGACAACUACUGCUCGUUCCCCUGGGCGGAGAUGGUGGUGGAAGAUCUCUGUGGGAACAAAAGGUCCUGUGAAGUUCCCGUCACUGAGCGGGUGUUUGGGGAGUAUCCGUGUCUGGAGCAGACCAGGUACCUGGAGGUGUCCUACGCCUGCAUCAAACCAACUCCUCCACCUCCACCACCUGCUCCACUCAAACCUGAGUGUGAAGAGAAAGAAGCAAACGAAGCCUGAUGCUUUCGACCCGUGAACACAUGAGACUCACCUGUGCUGAGACCACAGAAGAUAUUUUGCUUUAAAACAUCACAUGUCUCUCUUUAGCAACCUAAAAACCUCUUAAGGCCUGUUUAACUGUCACUAGAGGUUAGUUUAAAAUGUUUUCAUAUCUUUACUUCAAAAGGAUUUAGAGUCAGCUGAAUAAAUAUUGGCUUCUAGAUGUAUUAAAAUAUGAAAAUGCCUGUUUUCUCUUGUUUUAGACGUGUUGUCUCUAGUGCAGAAGAUUGCAGUCAUCACAGCAGUCAUAAACCAUUUCAGAUGAUCUUCAGCUGCUGGUGGAGAUCUCUGCUCCUCUCUGUUCUUUAUCAAAAUCUGACUCAUGCUUCUCUUUUUGUAUAAAUGGGAAGAUUUUAAGGCUAAAGUUUGGCAACAGGUUUAAUCAAUAGUACUUUAUUCAUACAUUUGCUGAACAAAGUGCUGUUUCUCUGCAGACACAAACAUUGCAAUGCUGGAGAACAUCCACCAGGGGGCGACGUUUGUCUGACAGCAAUAAAAUGUUUCCUGUUAAACCUCAGGAAAAA